CCCGUUUAACAGACUUGGUACCAUUGCUCAACAGAGACUUCGCUUGAGGCUUCAACGAAGUCAUCAAUCUGAGUUGUUGAGAGAGAAGAAACUGCGGAGAAGAUGAAUCAGAGGUCAGCCGUAAGAGGGAGGCCGUCGGGAACUGAUGGCUCUGAUUUCUCCUACCGCAUGGUCGUUGAUUCAAGAUACACGAAAGUUGCAAAAGCAAAGUCUCGUUUGGCCAAAUUGAUCAUCGUUCAGGUUGUCACUCAAUUGAUGAUAGCAGCUAAUGUAUUUGUUUCAUUAUCAAAGAACGAGUCUCCCGACAGAGUUUCGGUUGUUUCCCUUGGGAUUGGUUUCGUGUCUGUUGUGGCAGGAGAACUAGGUCGAAAGAAAAGCCGAUCCAAUUUUCUGAAGUUUUAUGUCUUUGGGUCGUCGAUGGCAAUCCUGCUGUCAGUGGCAUAUCUUGCUAUGAGCAAUCUCCAAUUGGAGGCUUUCCAAAAUUUUACGAGUUUGGAAACUCUGAAGAUUGCAGUUGUCCUACUAGGAUUUGUGGUGCAAUUAUUUGUAAUUGGUACAACCAUUUCUCUCAUUAAAAAUAUGGCACCUCCUAAGAGGGCUUCUUGAUUAUAGUCACUCUGGUGAAAUUCCAAAUGUCUUUUGACUGACUAAAGAGGAUACUUAUAUACUUUGGGAUUCAAC